GCUCCCCGUCCCCGGGCGAGGCCCUCCGGCCGCCACCUCUCCUGCUCGGCUACCGCCUCCGCCGCCGCCGCCAUGGCUAAUGACAGCGGCGGGCCCGGCGGGCCGAGCCCGAGCGAGCGAGACCGGCAGUACUGCGAGCUGUGCGGGAAGAUGGAGAACCUGCUGCGCUGCAGCCGCUGCCGCAGCUCCUUCUACUGCAGCAAGGAGCACCAGCGCCAGGACUGGAAGAAGCACAAGCUCGUGUGCCAGGGCGGCGAGGGCGCCCCCGGCCACGGAGCGGGCCAGCACCGGCACCCCGGCCCCGCGCCCGCCGCCUCCGCGCCGCCGCCCAGGGCCGGCGGGGCCGGGGCCAGGGAGGCCAGGAAGGCAGCGCCGCGCCGGGACAGCGCCGCCGAAAAGGCGGGCCCGCGGGCCGCCGGGGACUCGGCCAUGGCAAAGGCCAAGCCCGCGGCCGACCCCGCUGCGGCCGCGUCCCCGCCUCGCGCGGCUGCCGGCGGCCAGAGCCAGGCGGCGGCGGUCGAGGCGGAGCCCGCGAAGGAGGAGGACCCGGAGAAGACGAACCUGUACCCGCCCAGCCACACGCCGGGCGAGGGGCUGAGCCACGGCGGCGGCCUGCGGCCCAACGGGCAGACGAAGCCGCUGCCGGCGCUGAAGCUGGCGCUGGAGUACAUCGUGCCGUGCAUGAACAAGCACGGCAUCUGUGUGGUGGACGACUUCCUGGGCAAGGAGACCGGGCAGCAGAUCGGCGACGAGGUGCGCGCCCUGCACGACACCGGCAAGUUCACGGACGGCCAGCUGGUCAGCCAGAAGAGCGACUCGUCCAAGGACAUCCGAGGCGAUAAGAUCACCUGGAUCGAGGGCAAGGAGCCGGGCUGCGAAACCAUCGGGCUGCUCAUGAGCAGCAUGGACGACCUGAUCCGCCACUGUAACGGGAAGCUGGGCAACUACAAAAUCAACGGCCGGACGAAAGCCAUGGUUGCUUGUUAUCCUGGCAAUGGAACGGGUUAUGUGCGUCAUGUUGAUAAUCCAAAUGGAGAUGGAAGAUGUGUGACGUGUAUAUAUUAUCUUAAUCAAGACUGGGAUGCCAAGGUAAGUGGAGGUAUACUUCGAAUUUUUCCAGAAGGCAAAGCCCAGUUUGCUGACAUUGAACCCAAAUUUGAUAGACUGCUGUUUUUCUGGUCUGACCGUCGCAACCCUCACGAAGUACAACCAGCAUAUUCUACAAGGUACGCAAUAACUGUUUGGUAUUUUGAUGCAGAUGAGAGAGCACGAGCUAAAGUAAAAUAUCUAACAGGUAAACGUUAUUUGGGGCCAGGGUCAACCGUAAGGCGGGCAGCCCACAGUCCCGCGCUGCUGUCCCUGAGUGCACGCACGGUCUUUAUUAACUCCACGAAGGCUUGCCCCUUAUUUUUGUCAGAUUCCUUAGUUCCCUGAUGUAAAAGGGAGACUUCUCUCAAGUCAUCUUCCUUGUUCUCUUUAACCAACACUGUCCGAAGAUGAGGAAAGUUUGAGGCCAGAAACCUGAGAAAAUGAUUCAAGUACAAGCUGAGUUUUUCUGUGAUUACCCUUCCCAGUCACCGGCUGCCCAGCUCGUGGUAAUGCCAUCUGACUUCUCUCACUCUCCCGUUAGAAGGAAGUCAGUAAAUACCCUUUCCCUGUUAAACGUACACUCUCUAGAGAAUAUCCGGGUCUUCCACGUUGAAUGUGGACGUGAAGAAAGUGAAUACAAAGGAGACGAAUUGAAAUGCCGAAAUCAUAAGGUAGCCAAGCACGUCGAGGCCAUCCCUGCCAGCGGUGGUGUCCGUAGAUCAACACGCUCGAACCGAAUCUGAAGAUCCUUCAGGAUGCCAGCCCCAUCCCCCCAACCCCCACCACCAACUGUCUCCUGAGAGCAGGGGGUCUUAGUUUUCCAUCAGAUGGAGCACUUCCCUCUUUUCUUCAACCCUAUCUUAUAUCUCCAAAAGUCUGCUCCGUCCUCACAUUACUGAUGUGCUGUAUUUUCAUGAGCCAUUGAUAAUCCCACAUCAUCCUUUUGUAAAAUUAUAAAAUUGGAUGUGCAUUGCUUUUUCUAUGUAUUUUUAAAGUUAUUAUUUGUGGCAGAACCCUAGUGGUGUGCUUUCAGUGACGCUGAACACACUGCUAUUUUAUAGCAAUUCAAAUUGCUUUUUAAGUAAAAAGGAGAUAAAAUUAUUAUCUCUGUAGAGAAUGGCUUUCCCCCGUGAGGGUUUACCAGUUCAGAGUAACGCGUUCAUUAUAACAAUGCUGCAAGGUAGUAAGUCUGAUAGUUUUCAGAUGAUGUAUGUUUGCAAAGCUGUGGCGUUGUGCGCACUGGUAGGAGCUCAGUGGGAAGCAGCAACAGAAAAAC